GUGCUGUGGCUGCUGAGCUUUGAUGACAAGAACACCCUGGCGGAUGCUGUGGACAAGUACUGCAUCGGGGUGCCACCCAUCCAGUGGUUGGCAUGGAUACCACAGCUCCUGACCUGCCUGGUUGGGUCAGAGGGCAAACCCCUGCUCAACCUCAUCAGCCAGGUACAGUGGCUUGCAAAAUUAUUCACCCCCCUUGGCAUUUAUCCUAUUUUGUUGUCUUUGUCUGAUUUCUGGGGGGUUUGUAUCAUUUGAUUUACACAACAUGCCUACCACUUUGAAGAGGCAAAAUAUUUUUGAUUGUGAAACAAACAAGAAAACAGAAAGAAAAAAAACUGAACUUGAGCGUGCAAUUACAGCUGCAAUUGUCUUGGGAUAUGUUUCUAUAAACUUGGCACAUCAAGCCACUGGGAUUUUUGCCCAUUCUUCAAGGCAAAACUGCUCCAGCUCCUUCAAGUUGGAUGGGUUCCGCUGGUGUACAGCAAUCUUUAAGUCAUACCACAGAUUCUCAAUUGGAUUGAGGUCUGGGCUUUGACUAGGCCAUUCCAAGACAUUUAAAUGUUUCCCCUUAAACCACUCAAGUAUUGCUUUAGCAGUAUGCUUAGUGUCAUUGUCCUGCUGGAAGGUGAACCUUCAAGAAUUUCCCUGUAUUUAGCGCCAUACAUCAUUCCUUCAAUUUUGACCAGUUUUCCAGCCCCUGCCAAUUGGAAAAACAUCCCCACAGCAUGAUGCUGCCACCACCAUGCUUCACUGUGGGUAUGGUGUUCUCGGGGUGAUGAGAGGUGUUGGGUUUGCGCCAGACAUAGCGUUGUCCUUGAUGGCCAAAAAGCUCAAUUUUAGUUUCAUCUGACCAGAGUACCUUCUUCCAUAUGUUUGGGGUGUCUCCCACAUGCCUUUUGGCAAACACCCAAACAUGUUUGCUUAUUUUUUUCUUUAAGCAAUGGCUUUUUUCUGGCCACUCUUCCGUAAAGCCCAGCUCUGUGGAGUGUACGGCUUAAAGUGGUGCUAUGGACAGAUACGCCAAUCUCCGCUGUGGAGCUUUGCAACUCCUUCAGGGUUAUCUUUGGUCUCUUUGUUGCCUCUCUGAUUAAUGCCCUCCUUGCCUGGUCUGUGAGUUUUGGUGGACGGCCCUCUCUUGGCAGGUUUGUUGUGGUGCUAUAUUUUUUUAUAACCCAACCCUGAUCUGUACUUCUCCACAACUUUGUCCCUGACCUGUUUGGAGAGCUUCUUGGUCUUCAUGGUGCCGCUUGCUUGGUGGUGCCCCUUGCUUAGUGGUGUCGCAGACUCUGGUGCCUUUCAGAACGUGUGUGUGUGUGUAUAUAUAUACAGUGGGGAGAACAAGUAUUUGAUACACUGCCGAUUCUGCAGGUUUUCCUACUUACAAAGCAUGUAGAGGUCUGUAAUUUUUAUCAUAGGUACACUUCAACUGUGAGAGACGGAAUCUAAAACAAAAAUCUAGAAAAUCACAUUGUAUGAUUUUUAAGUAAUUAAUUAGCAUUUUAUUGCAUGACAUAAGUAUUUGAUACAUCACAAAAGCAGAACUUUAUAUUUGGUACAGAAACCUUUGUUUGCAAUUACAGAGAUCAUACGUUUCCUGUAGGUCUUGACCAGGUUUGCACACACUGCAGCAGGGAUUUUGGCCCACUCGUCCAUACAGACCUUCUCCAGAUCCUUCAGGUUUCAGGGCUGUCGCUGGGCAAUACAGACUUUCAGCUCCCUCCAAAGAUUUUCUAUUGGGUUCAGGUCUGGAGACUGGCUAGGCCACUCCAGGACCUUGAGAUGCUUCUUACGGAGCCACUCCUUAGUUGCCCUGGCUGUGUGUUUCGGGUCGUUGUCAUGCUGGAAGACCCAGCCACGACCCAUCUUCAAUGCUCUUACUGAGGGAAGGAGGUUGUUGGUCAAGAUCUCGUGAUACAUGGCCUCAUCCAUCCUCCCCUCAAUACGGUGCAGUCGUCCUGUCCCCUUUGCAGAAAAGCAUCCCCAAAGAAUGAUGUUUCCACCUCCAUGCUUCAUGGUUGGGAUGGUGUUCUUGGGGUAGUACUCAUCCUUCUUUUUCCUCCAAACACGGCGAGUGGAGUUUAGACCAAAAAGCUCUGUUUUUGUCUCAUCAGACCACAUGACCUUCUCCCAUUCCAGAUGGUCAUUGGCAAACUUCAGACGGGCCUGGACAUGCGCUGGCUUGAGCAGGGGGACCUUGCGUGCGCUGCAGGAUUUUAAUCCACGACGGCGUAGUGUUACACUAAUGGUUUUCUUUGAGACUGUGGUCCCAGCUCUCUUCAGGUCAUUGACCAGGUCCUGCCGUGUAGUUCUGGGCUGAUCCCUCACCUUCCUCAUGAUCAUUGAUGACCCACGAGGUGAGAUCUUGCAUGUAGCCCCAGACCGAGGCUGAUUGACCAUCAUCUUGAACUUCUUCCAUUUUCUAAUAAUUGCGCCAACAAUUGUUGCCUUCUCACCAAGCUGCUUGCCUAUUGUCCUGUAGCCCAUCCCAGCCUUGUACAGGUCUACAAUUUUAUCCCUGAUGUCCUUACACAGCUCUCUGGUCUUGGCCAUUGUGGAGAGGUUGGAGUCUGUUUGAUUGAGUGUGUGGACAGGUGUCUUUUAUACAGGUAACGAGUUCAAACAGGUGCAGUUAAUACAGAUAAUGAGUGGAGAACAGGAGGGCUUCUUAAAGAAAAACUAACAGGUCUGUGAGAGCCGGAAUUCUUACUGGUUGGUAGGUGAUCAAAUACUUAUGUCAUGCAAUAAAAUGCAAAAUAAGUACUUAAAAAUCAUACAAUGUGAUUUUCUGGAUUUUUGUUUUAGAUUCCGUCUCUCACAGUUGAAGUGUACCUAUGAUAAAAAUUACAGACCUCUACAUGCUUUGUAAGUAGGAAAACCUGCAAAAUCGGCAGUGUAUCAAAUACUUGUUCUCCCCACUGUAUAUAUACUGAGAUCAUGUGACACUUAGAUUGCACACAGGUGGACUUUAUUUAACUAAUUAUGUGACUUCCGAAGGAAUUGGUUGCACCAGAUCUUAUUUAGGGGCUUCAUAGCAAAGGGGGUUAAUACAUAUGCACGCACCACUUUUCCGUAUUUUAAUUUUUUUUUUUUGAAUUUCACUUCACCAAUUUGGACUAUUUUGUGUAUGUCCAUUACAUGAAAUCCAAAUUACAGGUUGUAAUGCAACAAAAUAGGAAAAACGCCAAGGGGCAGAGAUCCUAUUCAAUUAAGUUCUAAUAUGUGAUUCUAUGCCAGUACCCACCUCACGUCCAUCGAAAAAGCCCAUCUGUCUACAGCACUGCCCGUUAAAGUUCUUCAGUAGAAAAAAGGAAGGGAAGCGUUGCUACUCUAUAGUAGGCCUUUGUAGCUUUUUGGCAAAGGGGUUAAUUGGUUCUAAAAAAGCACCAAGGCACUCUUCUUCAUAUUUUAAUUAUAUAAUAAAUGCCAUGGUCCUCCUUGUUUUUAUUUUAUGUUUCUCAACUUUUUUGUACCAGGGACGGACAAGCUAAGGAUCUUUCUGUACCACAAGCACUCAGCCCUCCUAUCCUCAUCUCUCCUAAAUGUGAUCCCCCCCGUGUGCGUGUGUGUGCAUUAUUGUGCAGGCACGUCAGCCUAAUCGAGAUGGAUUAACAGCACUCAGUGCCAGAGUGGCCUCUCUCCAGCACUUCAUAUUUAUCAAAUUAACCAUUCAGAUUCCUCUCCUCUCAUUGUAUUGGCCUUUUUCAAUUAUUUACAGAAGGAAUGAAUAUUAAGUUCAUAUCAAACGCGUUCGCAGUGCAGGAACAGAGCUGACAAAUAAAGUAAGGGACUAAUUUGCUUUCCGUUAAUGGAGUAUUAUUUCUGAGCAAUUGAAAGAGAUGGGAACUUCAAAGAGUAUUUGGCUACGUCAAACACCCCUCAUCCACCCGGUAGAGCGGGAAAUGGGAGAGAAGAGGGAGAGAAGGGAGAGCGAUGGUGAGAGAAAGGUUUAAGGAGAAUCUCUCAUGUGAAGUCAAGCCCACAUCAAGUGCUUAAUGGAAUAGAAAUGUGCCUUGUUUAGUUAUUCAAUCAGGGUUUCUCAACCUUUUUUUUUGCCAAUGCCGCCUUUGCCUAUUAAAUUAAUGGCGAGAUAUCAAGGAGAGGUUUAUGAAUGGCUUUUGGGGUUUGGUAUUUGGGGAAUGAAUGGGUGAGGCAUUUUAUCGCCCUUCUGUCUUCCUCCUCGCCAUAUGAUGAGUGAAGGGUAAAAGGUUGACUGUGUCUGUCUGUAAAAGAGAAAAGCAGGAAAGCACCAUUUAAUGGAUGGGAGCCUUUAUCUUAGCGAUGCUGAAUCAUUUAGUGUUGUGGGCGGCGGCCGCACGGCGGGAUGUUUUGAAAACGGACAGUGAAAUAUUAAUGAAGGUUAACCCUGAGGGGUAGAGGAGAGAUGAAUCACAGCGUUAAGUCCUACAGAGAAUCGAACACCCCUCCUCCUUACCCCCCCCUCCAAAAUAUAACAUCCUUCAUCUCCCAUUAAGAGCAUGAUCUCUCCUUAUACUCCUCCUUUCUCUCCUGCUGCCUCAUCUUUGAUGCCCUGCUAAGCUGCCACUUAUAUCUCCAUCCCUCCACCCCCUCCUUCUCUCCAUCCUCCCCUCCAUCACCCAGCACAGCCCUCCCUCUGUACUGUUAAUGCAAGGCUGAGCCAGGGUUAGAGAGGUGUCUCUUUACGCCUACAGGCUACUCCUCACCCCUCUGUCAGCAGGGUAGGGGAACAGGGGUGUAGGGUGUCUGUCUAAUGGGGCCAGAGAGGAGCUGUGGUCUGGGCUCAACCACCUUGUUGUCUCUGUCUCUCUGUCAUCAAGGCCUCACUGUCACUGUGCAUAACUCCUGUGUUUCCAGUAGAGUUGAUCUCCCUUCUAUCUGCCUCAUAGUGAGAGGUGCUGAGCUCACACCUAUGGCUGUCUAUCUGUCACCCUCUUACAUCCAUCCUGUAUUCCCUGGAGUACUUGUUGUGCCAAAUCGUGUUCGGUUUUCUGAGGAGUCUUGAUGACGUCUGUAGAAAUGUAGAUUAUGGAGUGUAUAGUUAGUUUGCGGAAAAAUGUAAUGACACUGAACUUCGGUCAGUCUCUGGCAGUGUAGGCCAAGGCAACCCUCUAAAUUUAGCCACAGAUCUGUUGGAACCUGAAAUACCCUCCAGGGUUUCAUAUCAUAACUCCAUCUCCAUUACACAUUACAGAGCUGCUUGCAGGGUAUCAAUGUUUGAUAUUCUUUGGGAUUCUCUGCAGCGUACACUCCUCUCCUCUGUGCAGUGUGAUUCCUGAGGGUAGCUUCUUCUUUGAAUGGUAGUCUGACUGUGACCCCCCCUCUCUGUCUUAUCUGCUAGGUGGGACGAGUGUACCCACAGGCAGUCUACUUCCCCAUCCGCACCCUCUACCUGACGCUCAAGAUAGAGCAGAGGGAACGCUACAAGAGCGGUAAGUCAUGUGUGCGUGCGGUUUUCACCACGGUUUGAACAUGUUAUGUCCCCUUUGGACACGAAGGGUAUGACUAUGUUUGAAAGCGGCGCUACUGUUGAGGAGGGUAUUUAUGUAUUCACCUUGUAGAUACAGGAGUGUUCGAGCUCACUGUCUUCUUAAAAGAAAAGCCAUUAUCUAACAAAUGUAUGACUUUGUUUUUGCAGUGCUUUUUAGAACUCAUCAAUGUCUCUGUGUCGGUCUUCACCUCUAUCACCUUUUCUUCUCUUAUCUACUCUCUAUCCUUCCUUUUCUCUCUACUCAUCUUUCUCACAUCGCUACCCAUCAAUUCCCUCUCCACUGUCUUCACACCCCUUUUCUUUUCUCCCCUCGUUUUUCUCUCUCCCCACCUCUUCCACCUCUACUCUCUAGACUCGGGCCAGCAGCAGCCCAGUUCUGUGGGGGCCCAGACCACUCGGCAUCUGACCCGGGCCCCAUCAGGGCCACGGCCCCUAUGUGGCGCUGCAGCAGGAUCAUGCACAUGCAGAGAGAGCUGCACCCCACCCUGCUCUCCUCUCUGGAGGGCAUUGUGGACCAGAUGGUCUGGUUCAGGGAGAACUGGCAUGAAGAGGUGAGGCAGGGGCACCUGGUCUCCUGGGAUGGUGGGGAGGGGGUGGAGAGGUGUGUGUGUGUGUGUGUGUGUGUGUGUGUGUGUGUGUGUGUGUGUGAGAGAGAGAGAGAGAGAGAGAGCCACAAAGUAACCCUGGCAUGGCAUAGCCAUAGUCCGUUGCCAUAGUCCGUUGCUCCUCUCUACCUGAGUAGUCUGAAGCUCUGUUGAAGGAAGAGCUCUGUCAUGUUUCUGACUUGAUGAAGAUGAGCGGUGAGCUUACAGAACCUCCAACACAGUGAGCUUACAGAUUUGGAAAAUGGAAAUUACUGUCAGUGAAUGCAACAUUUACACAGAGGUUAAACUUUUUUUGUUGCAUAUUUUCUGAAACACUUUCUGCAACCUCCUCUGGAAUCACUCACUCAUCUAUAACACUAUAUCCUACCCCUGUGUAGAAAUGUCAGUCAAGGUGUCAAUAAACUUGGAGAGAGCUGACAUAACACAAGCUUCCAAAUGGAACUCGGCGGUGCUGCAAAGUGCUUUAGCCAUGCUGGGUGGAAGAGGGGGGGGGGUAUUGUGUGCACUCGAGGGGCUCACAGAAGCAGCUGUGGGCUCAGCGCUGCAGUCCGUUCCAUUGGUUAGACCGGGACAGAGGAACACUGUUUGGUUAGACCGGGACAGAGGAACACUGUUAAUACCCCCCCCCCCCCCCCCCCCCCCCCCCCCCCCCCCGUGGGAACAACCUCACCUGGAUGCACCUGCCUGUGGAGAGGAGUUUGCAGUGGGGGGAACUAUUGGAAAGGGAGGGUGGGUUGGCGGAUUAGGGGAGUAUGGUGAGACUGUGGGGCAGCAUAGCUUGCUCACUUUCUUAGCAUUCUGAGGGUCACAAACAGUGUAAUAUACAUUUUCAUGAUCAAUAUCUUCCUCCCUCCCUUUUUCCCCUUACCCCCCCCCUUCCCCUUCAGGUCCUGAGACAGCUCCAGCAGGGUCUGUUUAAGUGCUACUCUGUGGCAUUCGAGAAGAGCGGUGCUGUGUCGGACGCCAAGAUCACACCGCACACGCUGAACUUUGUCAAGAAGCUGGUGAGCACGUUUGGCGUGGGGCUGGAGAACGUCUCCAAUGUUUCCACCAUGUUCUCCAGCGCGGCGUCCGAAUCGCUUGCUCGCCGAGCCCAGGCCACCGCUCAGGACCCAGUCUUCCAGAAGAUGAAGGGACAGUUCACCACAGGUACGCUCUGCUCUAACCUCCAUCUAGUUUAUUGUCGGUUCUGCUAUGUUCAUUAUUAAUUUCCCUGUUGUUGAUGUACUCUUUUUUUUGGGGGGGGGGGUAGAAAUAUAACUCACUUUUGGAAUCUGACCAAAAGUGUAGACCCAUAGGAGUCAUGGGGUAAAUCUCAAAUCACACCCUAUUCCUUAUGCAGUGCUCUGCGUCAUUCCAGCCGUAGCCAGACGUAGCCAAUCUGUGUGCAUCAGCAGGCAAGGGUUAUUUUUCACCAGGCAGAAACAGAACAGUGGUGUUCCGGAACGUAAUUGGAGCUUCUGAACCAGAUGAUUUGAUUUAAUGGAGGGCUGACGUGUGUAUGUCCACGUGUGUGCCAGUGUGUGUGUGUGUGUGUGUGUGUGUUUGCUGGGCUGUUUUGGGGUGUUGAUUACAUAGGCAUUACACAGCUCUGCUAAUCCAACCCACUGACUUACCCUCCAGGCCUGUUUAGUGAUCAUUUGGGUACAUACAGGCACAGCAUGUGGAGAAGAACAAAACAGUGCUUACUGGUCCUGGAGCUCCAAGGAGAGUUGGCAUUUGAACUGAAGGGUGUUUAAUAGCUGUAAGAGAAACUGUUGACUGUUGAUCAACUGCAGACAUCUUGUAUUAUUGUGGCCUUUGUAUUUGACCUCAGCAACUGUUGUAACUAAAAUCAUCAGCCUACCACAUGCUGCUUUCAUAACAAUACCUUGGGAACAGUUAUGCGGAAGUUAAAUUGAAUCAUGAAGUGAUCCGUUUAUCUUUCGUAUGGAUGUGUUUGUGCAUGUUAGUCAGCGACCCAUGAGACCCUCAUCCUCCUGAGUAUUUAUUUAUAUUCUACUCAGGAAUGCAACAGACAGACAGGUGCAGACUGGCCCUCGUAGAGACAUUUCUAAAAACCGAAUUCUUCUAUUUUGGAAAUGAACAGCCAGGCUUAACCACAGUUCAGUUUUCUGGCCACUGGUUUAAACUAGGAAUGUCUGCUUCAACCUCCAACUCCUUCCCUGUGUCCACAUAACUCUCUCUCCUCUCCUCUCGCUCUCUUCUCAACGCUGUAUGACUGAGUACACACACAGAGCUGCCCAUUCCCUGUCCUCCUACACACACAGGCACUCCUCAUCUCUCCUCCCUCUGUUCCCCCUCUUUUACACUUCUGUUUUCCCCUCCACCAGACUGGAGAGAGGCUAGCUGAGCUAAUGUGUCUGGCUACGGUACUGCAUGUUGACUGGGCAGUGAGAGUGAGAGAGGGCCAGAGAAUGGCGAGCGAGAGAAUGAAAGCUAAUUGAGGAAUGGCGUGGGAGAAAUGAGGAACACUAGAGCCUGUGAGAGAAUGAGUGAGAUGGAAACCGACAGAGGGAGAGAAGGGGAGCGUGUGGCAUUCAUGUUACCAGAUGUGUGGGUACUGGGUGCCAGCUGUGUUGGCUCGGCCAGGCAUCACCGGAGCUCCGGCUCACAGGGUGCCUGCCUGGCGACCAGCCGUCGCUCUCCAGCUGUGCCCACGCCAACCGAGCUCUGCGGAGAAGCCCGACAAGCCUCCGGAGCAGAACAAACAGGGUUUACAGCCCCGCAUUUCUGCUGCUGCCGAGCAGCCAACCACGUUACCCUGGGUUUGUGGGCCGGAAAAUCUGCGUUUUUAUGCACACACACAACAUUUGUCAGAAGGGACUGGGAGGAGAGGGGGGAGGCAUUCAAAUCCAAUUAUGGGGAAUGCUCUUUGCACAAGUUAUUGUUUUAUAACUGGAUCCACUCCAAAGCUCUCUGCUUGUCAGAAGAACCCUGGAAAAAAUAUUUUUUAUAACUUCACUGUUCAGAGCAGCCAUCAUCACAUGUUUUCAGAUGGAAUAUUUUCACCUGUCUUUGUCGGACUUUCAAAAACUACAGUACAUUGGCCACAUGGCAUGUGAACGCUCUUUUGGGUUUUUCAAACAAUUUUCACACAUUGAAAUAAACUGUUCUUUAAAAAUUACAUUUUACUUGGCUAUGAGAAACAUGCUGAAAUGAUUUUGUCUGAUGGGUUGUGCACAUCAACAUACAUGAAUCAGUCUCUGUGCACUGAAUCUACCUGACUCUCAGCACAUGUUCUAUUUUUAUCAAUAACAAAUAUAGCAGUUCAACACACAAUCACCCCAGUAGCCUUCUGCACCACUGCUGUUGUUGUGUAAGACUGAAUGGCUCUGAGGUCCAGUCAGCCAACCAGUGGCCAUCCAGCUGUUACAUCUAUAGCUGAACAAACCACUGAGUUUAACUCACCUAAGACUUCCUGCUGCUGCGAGAAAAUAGUCUAGGGGCUAUUUAUAGAGACGGACCACUGAACACUGUGGUUCUCUGGUCAUGAGGGAGAGGGGGGGUGGAGGGCAGAUAGAGAGGGGUCUGAGAGCGCGCAGAGAGGGGUCUGAGAGCGCGCAGAGAGGGGUCUGAGAGCGCGCAGAGAGGGGUCUGAGAGCGCGCAGAGAGGGGUCUGAGAGCGCGCAGAGAGGGGUCUGAGAGCGAGGCCGAAAGAGGGAGAGGGCAGUGAAAGAGGGAGAGAGCAGUGAAAGAGGGAGAGUUACAUGCCUCCUAGUGUUCCAGUCUCAGGUCAGGGAGCAGGUAUUUGUAGCUGUUUUUAGGAGACUAUGGAUCAGAGAACAGGGGGCUUGUUGUUCACAGCAGCAUGAGAUGACUGAUCAGCGGUCAGAGAAAAAAGGAGCUAAAAUAGCCCCCCUCCUUACUUCUGCUCUGACUCAGUUUCCACUAUAUGGCCAAGCUCCAAUGUCAAAAUUGGUUAUAUUUUCAGCUGUCCUCUUAUUUCCUGUUUCCUCUUCUUACGUACCUUUUACAUCACAGAAUAAUCCAGACAGUAAUGAAAAUGAUCUUGUUAAAAAAAGACAGCCACAGUUCAUGUAUUCUAUUUGUAGGUUAUAUAUACUUUUAUGCCGCUGAAUCAUUGGCAAUUCAACAAGACUAGCCUAAUUCUAAUUCAGUCUCCCCUAGGCUAGCAAACAGCAGGCAGGUAAAAUGGAUGCCAUGAAGGAACAUUGGAUUUAAAAAAAAUGUUUAUUUAGAGUGUAAGAGUUCACUCAGAAGGGGUUUGAAAUGGCAAGGCCUUUCAUUCUCUGAUACACUUUCAUGGUUUCAUUACAACAAGCAGAGCACAACAGCCUUGUGAUAAUGGAGCAGGUUUCUACCUGCUUGAUAAAGAUGUCCUGGGGGCAUCACCGUGGCUCCCUUUCUGCUUGCACCUUUUGUUAUAUCAUUCCCUCCCAAGAAUAUGCACAAUGUCAGUUGUGACUUGAAUAUGAAAUGUAACUCCUUUUCUUGUGAGAGGGACUUGUGAUUAUAUCAGUAGACUAGCUCCAUGGGGGACUGGGUGGAAAACGUACAGCACUUUGGUUGAUAUGGCAACAAAGAGCUUGUUUCUGCCUCUUACUCAUUGGUUAUUUUCAGUCUCAGCUUUGCUCUCAUUGGUCAUUUCUCUUAUUACCUCAGAGGACCGCUGUGGUCCUCUGUAGCUCAAUUGGUAGAGCAUGGCGCUUGUAACGCCAGGGUAGUGGGUUCGAUCCCCGGGACCACCCAUACGUAAAAAUGUUUGCGCACAUGACUAAGUCGCUUUGGAUAAAAGCGUCUGCUAAAUGGCAUAUUAUUAUUAUUAUAUCCAUCCAUAGAAACCUAACCAUUUUGUUUUCUCUUUGACCCUUAAUAGACAAUAAACCAUUUGAACCCAAACUUUGAGUUUCAUGGUUGUCAGUAUAGGCUUUGUUGGCUUCCUUCGAACAGGCCGUCUAACUCCACUUAAUAGCCUCAUAUUGGUUAUCAACCCCUUUCUGUCUCUCUGUCCCCAUGCAGACUUUGACUUCAGCGUGCCUGGCUCCAUGAAGCUCCACAACCUGAUCUCCAAGCUGAAGAAGUGGAUCAAGAUCCUGGAGGCCAAGACCAAGCAGCUGCCCAAGUUCUUCCUGAUCGAGGAGAAGUGCCGCUUCCUCAGCAACUUCUCAGCCCAGACCGCCGAGGUGGAGAUCCCUGGGGAGUUCCUCAUGCCCAAACCCACGCACUAUUACAUCAAGAUCGCACGGUGAGGAGGAUACACGUAUGGAGAGCACACACACAAGUCUUGUUACGCUGCCAUUACCUCCAGGUAGUAACAGCGUGUGUGUGUCUGUUUCCUCCAGGUAAUAACAGCGUGUGUGUGUUUCCUCCAGGUUCAUGCCCAGAGUGGAGAUAGUCCAGAAACACAACACAGCAGCACGGCGUCUCUACAUCAGAGGUCACAACGGGAAGAUCUACCCCUACCUGGUGAUGAACGAUGCCUGUCUGACUGAGUCCCGCAGGGAGGAGAGGGUCCUACAGCUACUGAGGCUGCUCAACCCCUGUCUGGAGAAGAGGAAGGAGACCACCAAGAGACACCUCUUCUUUACUGGUAUGACACACACUGGGCUAGCUCUCUUUGUCUGUCUAUCUAGCGCUCCCUCUCUUCCCACUGUCUCUAGUCUCUCAUAGACCACUAAGACACCUAUUAUUCCUGAGGCAACACACUGGGCUAUUGCUUUACGUCUGUCUGUCUCUCUUUCCCUUUUCUCUCUGUCUGACUCUACUCUUUCAUAUAUCACUCUAUAGCUCUGUCUGGGCUAUCUGUUUCUCUCUCAUUUUCCCUCCUGUCAAGUCAGUCUUUUGACAGGCAGUCUAAAAUCUCCUCUCUCUGUGUAUCUUGGGCUCUGAACCCAGGAAUAGAGAAUUCAAUGAGAGAGUAGAAAUGUCAAGUGUAGCUCAGUCUAAACUGUUUUUCCAAGGGCAUGUCUAUAUAGUCCGAUAAGGCAGGCGGUUGAUGUUUAAAUCCUAGCAACCUCUUUAACUGUACUGUAUAUGCGGCUUUCUUUAAAGAAAAAUAUGGCAAAGGAGAGGAGAAAGGAAUGAGAGAAAUUAAAUUGAGGGGAAUUGUCGACGUGUCAGGGCAGAGAGUCAGUCAGUCAGUGAGUGAAUGAAAUAAGAUGCAAUGUUAUGCACAUGGGAGGCUGGCUGGGAGAUUGAAUCUGAAUUGCCUUUCUGUGAUUGAUUUAUCAGUAUUGUGGUGAACCACUUCCAGGGCAGAGGUCAAGGGCAUCCUCAUGGGGGGCUACAUUGUUCUGGUCUAACGACCAAAAGAAGUGCAUUUCAAAAUAGAAUAAAAGAGGGCUCAUGUCUUUCCUAUGAUCUGCUCUGAUGUAAAGAGAUGGGCUAUACAUUAGAUAGAUUGGAUAGAGAUUAGAGAGAGAUGGGAUAUACACUGACUGUAAAAAAACAUUAGGGAGUUGCACCCCCCCUUUUGCCUUCAGAACAGCCUCAAUUCAUCGGGGCAUGGACUCUACAAGGUGUUCGAAAGCGUUCCGCAGGGAUGCUGGCCCAUGUUGACUCCAAUGCUUCCCACAGUUGUGUCAAGUUGGCUGGAUGUCCUUUGGGUGGUGGACCAUUCUUGAUACACACGGGAAACUGUUGAGCGUGAAAAACCCAGCAGCGUUGCAGUUCUUGACACACUCAAACUGGUGCGCCUGGCACGUACUACCAUACCCCGUUCAAAGGCACUUAACUCUUUUGUUUUGCCCAUUCACCCUCUGAAUGCCACACAUACACAAUCCAUGUCUCAAUUGUCUCUAGGCUUAAAAAUCCUUCUUGAACCGGUCUCCUCCCCUUCAUCUACACUGAUUGAAGUGUAUUUAACAAGUGACAUCAAUAAGGGAUCAUAGCUUUCACCUGGAUUCACCCGGUCAGUCCAUGUCAUGGAAAGAUCAGGUGUUCUAAAUGUUUUGUAUACUCAGUGUAGAUUACAUUUACAUUUUAGUCAUUUAGCAGACGCUCUUAUCCAGAGCGACUUACAGUUAGUGAGUGCAUACAUAUUUUUUUAAUACUGGAAUCGAACCCACAACCCUGGCGUUGCAAACGCCAUGCUCUACCAACUGAGCUACAUCCCUGCCGGCCAUUCCCUCCCCUACCCUGGACGACACUGGGCCAAUUGUGCGCCGCCCCAUGGGUCUCCCGGUCGCGGCCGGCUACGACAGAGCCUGGAUUCGAACCAGGAUCUCUAGUGGCACAGCUAGCACUGCGAUGCAGUGCCUUAGACCACUGCGCCACUCGGGAGGACAGAUUAGAGAGCGAUGGGAUAUAGAUUGGAGAGAGAUGGGGAUGAAAGCAUUGACAGAAGCAUACUGAUGAGCAUGUCAUUGUGAUGUGCGUCCCUCAGUUACAUGACCUGGUAUCCGUGGAGACCAGAGGAAGGUGAGGGGUCAGAAUGUCACCCAGGGAAAAUUGGCCUGUGACAUCGCUAUGUACUCAGACUGAUUACUACCCUGUUGGCAUCCUCCUCUCUCUCUCUUGCUUUCUCUUUCUCUCUCUUCUUUAUACAAUAUCUUUGUAUAUACAAUUUCCUUUCCUGUCCUCACCAAGAGUUGUCCUUCCACCCAGAUGUUUGCCCACUCUCCCUCUCAGCGACUGAUUGGGUUGUUUUUAAGAGGGAAUAUGGACUUCUGUGGUCCCUCUACUCAUUCCCUCUAAGUAAAAUGGUAGUGUUCAGUUGGUGGUUUGCCAUGUUAUGUAAAUGUUUACAUGGCUCUGAUUAUAUGCCAGGUGCUGUCCUCUUUGAACCUCUUCAACUCUAGUGUUACAUUUGGCCCACAGGAGCACUAAACCUCUUGUAUUGUAUUGAGAAAUCUUAGGUUAGGCUAGAUGUGUAGACCGGUUGUGCAAUGUUGGGUGUAAUAGUUUACUUUACACAGUGUAUUAAAAUGAAGAUGGCUUGUUUUGCCUUGGAAAAUGUAGGUGUAGAUGUUUAGUAUUGCAAUGUUGUUGUAUUGAGGUGGCUUACUCUACCGCCCUUCUCUCCCUCCCUCCCUCCCUCCCUCGUCCUCCAAGGUUAGGUUGUAUACAGUGUAUUGAGGUGUGUAAUCAGUUUACCAUGUUAUUAAAUUGUGCUCACUCUCUCCCCCUUCCUCCCUCCAUCCUAUCUCUCCAGUCCCCAGGGUGGUAGCUGUGUCUCCUCAGAUGCGUCUGGUAGAGGACAACCCAUCGUCUCUGUCUCUGGUGGAGAUCUAUAAACAACGCUGUGCCAAGAAAGGCAUUGAGCACGACAACCCCAUCUCACGCUACUAUGACCGUCUAGCUACUGUACAGGCUAGAGGCACACAGGCCAGCCACCAGGUACUGGAACAUAAACAUGGACACACACAAACACACUGGUGCACACACAACGACCGCCUGGCUAUAGUACAGUCCAGGGGCACACUGGCCAGCCACCAGGUACUUACUGGAACACACACUCCUACUCUAAACCCCUGUCCCCACCAGGUGCUGCGUGACAUUCUGAAGGAGGUUCAGGGGAACAUGGUACCUCGCAGCAUGCUGAGGGAGUGGGCGUUACACACCUUCCCCAACGCUACAGACUACUGGACCUUCAGAAAGAUGUUCACCAUCCAGCUGUCUCUCAUCGGCCUGGCUGAAUUCAUGUUACACCUCAACCGCCUCAACCCUGAGAUGCUGCAGAUAGCACAGGUAGGGGGAGAGAGAGGGACGCCCAUGCACGCACACACCUGGACAUACACACACACACAGAGACGCGUGCAUGCACACACACACACUCUAGGGCUGAGCGAUAUGGUCAAAAUAUACACUGCUCAAAAAAAUAAAGGGAACACUUAAACAACACAAUGUAACUCCAAGUCAAUCACACUUCUGUGAAAUCAAACUGUCCACUUAGGAAGCAACACUGAUUGACAAUACAUUUCACAUGCUGUUGUGCAAAUGGAAUAGACAACAGACCACUUCUCAGUUCCUAUGCUUCCUGGCUGAUGUUUUGGUCACUUUUAAAUGCUGUCGGUGCUUUCACUCUAGUGGUAGCAUGAGACGGAGUCUACAACCCACACAAGUGGCUCAGGUAGUGCAGCUCAUCCAGGAUGGCACAUCAAUGCGAGCAAGAAGGUUUGUUGUGUCUGUCAGCGUAGUGUCCAGAGCAUGGAGGCGCUACCAGGAGACAGGCCAGUACAUCAGGAGACGUGGAGGAGGCCGUAGGAGGGCAACAACCCAGCAGCAGGACCGCUACCUCCGCCUUUGUGCAAGGAGGAGCACUGCCAGAGCCCUGCAAAAUGACCUCCAGCAGGCCACAAAUGUGCAUGUCUGCUCAAACGGUCAGAAACAGACUCCAUGAGGGUGGUAUGAGGGUCCGACGUCCACAGGUGGGGGUUGUGCUUACAGCCCAACACCGUGCAGGACGUUUGGCAUUUGCCAGAGAACACCAAGAUUGGCAAAUUCGCCACUGGCGCCCUGUGCUCUUCACAGAUGAAAGCAGGUUCACACUGAGCACAUGUGACAGACGUGACAGAGUCUGGAGACGCCGUGGAGAACGUUCUGCUGCCUGCAACAUCCUCCAGCAUGACCGGUUUGGCGGUGGGUCAGUCAUGGUGUGGGGUGGCAUUUCUUUGGGGGGCAGCACAGACGGGUUGUUCGCACCUCCAUGUGCUCGCCAGAGGUAGCCUGACUGCCAUUAGGUACCGAGAUGAGAUCCUCAGACCCCUUGUGAGACCAUAUGCUGGUGCGGUUGGCCCUGGGUUCCUCCUAAUGCAAGACAAUGCUAGACCUCAUGUGGCUGGAGUGUGUCAACAGUUCCUGCAAGAGGAAGGCAUUGAUGCUAUGGACUGGCCCGCCCGUUCCCCAGACCUGAAUCCAAUUGAGCACAUCUGGGACAUCAUGUCUCGCUCCAUCCACCAACGCCACGUUGCACCACAGACUGUCCAGGAGUUGGCGGAUGCUUUAGUCCAGGUCUGGGAGGAGAUCCCUCAGGAGACCAUCCGCCACCUCAUCAGGAGCAUGCCCAGGCGUUGUAGGGAGGCCAUACAGGCACGUGGAGGCCACACACACUACUGAGCCUCAUUUUGACUUGUUUUAAGGACAUUACAUCAAAGUUGGAUCAGCCUGUAGUGUGGUUUUCCACUUUAGUUUUGAGGGUGACUCCAAAUCCAGAUCUCCAUGGGUUGAUAAAUUUGAUUUCCAUUGAUAAUUUUUGUGAUUUUGUUGUCAGCACAUUCAACUAUGUAAAGAAAAAAGUAUUUAAUAAGAUUAUUUCAUUCAUUCAGAACUAGGAUGUGUUGUUUAAGUGUUCCCUUUAUUUUUUGAGCAGUGUAAUAUCACAAUGUAUUUUAUAUGGUAAGGUUUUUGAAUAAUAAAAGUUCUAAAUAUGCUUUAUGAUAAGUGAUUCCAAUGGGGCUUUCUCCAUUGUGAUCUGAUUUGUUCAAGCCAACUUCAAACAACAAUAAUUUAUCAAUUUCUGCAUUUCCUGCAUUUUUGUUAUCAUUUCCACACUGUGCCACUCCGGGCUGCAUGAUAUGGGCAAAAAACCUAGGCCUAAUUAAUUGGUGAACUGUUGAAAUCAUGGAAAUAGAAUGAUUAUUCUAAUUCUAUAGUUGGAAUAUAGUAGGCAGCACCUUGAAUACAUUGUUUGACAUGACAAUGAAUGAAUAAGCCAGGGAGGAAUUAUUGACAGGGUAGGAAACAAAGUGUUGGUCAGUGUUUCCAGGGGACCCUAAUUAGAUGUUACAUUAUAUGUUUUCUUAACUCAUGUAGCUAGCUAACAUGUAUUCAUGCUUUGCCUAGUCCUCUCUGUUUUAGAAGAUACCGUGAUAGAGCAACUGCUCUCUCCUUGAGUGACGGGGGCCAGGGCUUGGCAUGCAGCAGGAGAUUGAGAAAAACUACUCGAGUAGCAAACGGCGUUAACUAAUUUAUAAAAAUGGACAUUACAUUCGCCGGAGUUGUGUAUCACUUUUAACAAACCAAACAUUGAAAUACCGUUAUAGAAGGUAAAGUAAAAACCGAAACUGGUCCGUGCAUUAAUCCCGGUAUGUAGUACAAUAUGGUUUACCACCUAACACUAACACACACAGAUAAACGCAUACUCAUACUCAUAAACGCGUGCGCACACACACACACACACACACACACACACCGCCUCUGCACCUAACCCAGCCAAGGACACAUGGCUAAGGGAAUUUGAAGCAGUCUGUCAAAGAAAGAGGAUUCAUGUCAAGGAGACUAAUUCAAUAUGGAGAUGUUCCUCCUAGACCCCUAGAUUCAUUAGAGAUGAGCAUCACUGACUGGUAAUAUGCAUUACUUCCUCCCCUCUAUGACAUCAAUGCAGCCCUGUCAGUCAGUGAGCCUCUAUGGGACGAUGCUGUUUUGACAGUCAGUCUUAUUCCGACUCUUUGCUCUGCUAUCAGAGACCAUUCAAUAUAAAGAGCCAGAGAGAGUGUGUGUGUGUGUGUGUGUGUCGCACCAGAUCAGUUGGAUAUAUACGUGUGCGCGCUCCUUUCGGAGGGCAGAGAGUAUAUCUCUGAAAGUCAUUAUUAAAGAUGAUUGUGUGGAACAGACGGACAGCCUCCUCCUUUCCUCUCUCCUCCUCUAUGAUCCUAAUCUGUCUCUUCUGACAGGCGUUCCACUGGGCAGCUAAGCAGACGCAUUAAGCCCCCUCUCUGCCUGUUACACACCAUAGAUCCCAUUAGACACAGGCAGGAUUACACACACACGGGCGCAUGCAUGCACACAUGCACGCACACACUCACAUGAAGGACAUUACUGACACGCGUAACCCCUAGCCUCGCCCCAAUAAACACCCAAAUAACCCCAUAUGUUACCCCUAGAAUAGUAAACUUUUCUAAAAUAGUGCAUUGAGAGGCUUUGGCCUCUGCAUUGUAUGCCCCCAUCCUCAGAGAAUGUAUCUUAUGUCACCUCCCUCGUAUUGUGUUGACUCAGUCUAUUCAUACAGUGUCACAAUAGAGUAGCAGUCACCUGUUAAUGUGUUAUUAUUCAGGACACUGCCUCAGUCCGGAGCCAGAGGAGUUUCUCUCUGAGCCUGAGCUUAUCUGAGCCUCCUGGGGUCUAGCAUCUAACCCUGUUGGCUCAAGGCCGUAUCUUUGAGAGACUGAAAAAAACUCAAAUGAAAUGCUAUUGCCAUAAAGCUGUCAUAAGCACACUUACUUUCUCCCAUAAACAGCUUAUCUUCCCAGAAUGCUCUCUGCUCUUCAUACAUCAUAUUGGUCCCUCUUUACACAAACGCAGGCUUAAAGACAAAGUCCUGCUGUAUAUGCUUAACUCACCAGGGACAGAAAAAGAGGGAUAGAGGGAUUAUGGAUGUGCUUGGGGUGAUAUGUUGACGUUUUAUGGUGCUCUGUCUAUGGCAGAUCAAUAAAAUCAGCCAUUUUGUAGUUAAAAUACACACACACACACACACACUCUUUACUUGAAGGCAGCUGUAUCCUGUCCAUUGGUUAUAUACAGGAGUAACUGGUCCAUAGAGAAUACCUCAGGAGAAUGUUUAUAGAUGACUUGUCUUAGUGAUCAGACACGGUGGAAUCCUGACUGGAAUACACAGUGCAUUCGGAGAGUAUUCAGACCCCUUUACUUUUUCCUCAUUUUGUUACGUUACAGCCUUAUUCUAAAAUGGAUUAAAUAAUUUUUUCCCCUCACAUUACCCCAUAAUGACAAAGCAAAAACAGGUUUUUAGAAAAUGUAGCACAUUUAUUACAAAUAAAUUGAAAUAUCACAUUUACAUAAGUAUUCAGACCCUUUACUCAGUACUUUGUUGACGCACCUUUGGCAGCGAUUACAGCCUCGAGUCUCCUUGGAUUGACGCUACAAGCUUGGCACACCUGUAUUUGGGGAGUUUCUCCCAUUCUUCUCUGCAGAUCCUCUCAAGCUCUGUCAGGUUGGAUGGGGAGCGUCACUGCACAGCUAUUUUCAGGUCUCUCCAGAGAUGUUCGAUCGGGUUCAAGUCAGGGCUCUGGCUGGGCCACUCAAGGACAUUCAGAGACUUGUCCCGAAGCCACUCCUGCGUUGUCUUGGCUGUGUGAUUAGGGUCGAUGUCCUGUUGGAAGGUGAACCUUCGCCCCUGUCUGAGGUCCUGAGCGAUCUGGAGCAGGUUUUCAUCAAGGAUCUCUCUGUACUUUGCUCCGUUCAUCUUUCCCUCGAUCCUGAUUAGGCUCCCAGUCCCUGCCACUGAAAAAAAAAUCUAAAAACCUGUUUUUGCUUUGUCAUUAUGGGGUAUAGUUGUAGAUUGUUGAGAAAUGUUUUAAUACAUUUUAGAAUAAGGCUGUAACGUAACAAAAUGUGGAAACAGUCAAGGGGUUUGAAUACUUUCCACAUGCACUGUAUGAGGGAAUAUCAGGAAGGGCAGACACACACACUGAUCACACACAGACCUGAUCCUAACCGUUAUACUCCUCUCCUCCAACAGGACACGGGGAAGCUGAACGUGUCGUACUUCCGCUUCGACAUCAACGAUGCCACGGGUGACCUGGACGCCAACCGGCCCGUGCCCUUCCGUCUGACGCCCAACAUCUCAGAGUUCCUGACCACCAUCGGCGUCUCCGGCCCCCUCACCGCCUCCAUGAUCGCUGUGGCACGCUGCUUUGCUCAACCCAACUUCAAGGUAGGCCCAACAACAAGCACACCUGUAGCACAACAGCAAAUUACCUUCAUGGUUUGUUAGCUAUGUUGAUUGGACAAAAAUAAUGAAUCAGCAUAUCACAGUUUAAAUUGAAGCCAUGGUAGGAGAGAAUUCUCCUUUACAGCAGUAGACCACUGCUGUGCACCAUGUAGAACUCACUGGUAGAACCAUACCCUUUAAUUAAGUUUAAAGUGUGAGCAGACUCAUUUCUCAAUUCUUGUCUUAAUUUAGACACUAUAAUUCUUGAUGGAUGUUAUUCUGUGUGGGUGUUUUACACCCCACAAAUGUAAACUUGGAGGGAAAUUCAUUGAGGCGUAUCAAAACAAAAACAAUGGCCUCUCAGUCCCAGCUGUGGCAGGAGGAGGCUUGUAUAUCUAUGUUGGUCCCGUAAUGAUAGGGCAGCAGGCAGCUAUAUAUCUAUAUAUAGCCCAGCUCCAUCCUGUAGCUAAAGCCGGAGAGGAGAGGGGCUGCUUCCUUAAGGAGGUGAAGAAACUGGGGUGUUGAAGACCGAGGGACUUUCGGAUGGAGGGAGUGCAGAGAUGCACGCACAUACACACACGGGACAGACCAAGCUAGAGACGUAUCCCAGAGGCCACUGCUUUCUUUGGGGGGUGGAGAGGUGGUUACACACACUUCCUGGGAGAGGAGACGGGUUGUUCUGACAAUCAGGCCCUCAACACACCAUAAAGUGGGCACACCGAGUGGAGAGGACAGAGUGUACCCAGCUAGGUGGUUAGCUAGUGUUAGUGUUGUGGCUUCUGUAUAGUUUAUAUGGCUGCUGUGUAUAGCCCUGUUAGUAUGUGAUGUUCUCACAGUAUCUCAUGAUUCCUGAAUUAGCACAAAUUAAUAGUUAGGUUCCUCAGUCAAUGUUCCCAUAAAUAGUCUUACUAGAGUGCAAGAUGCAUUUUGCAGCUCCCCAUCAUUCUCUGUUCUCUCCUCUCCUUCUCCCCUCUACCCCACUAGGUGGACGGCAUCCUGAAGGCGGUGCUCCGUGACGAGAUCAUCGCGUGGCACAAGAAGACCCAGGAGGACACGUCCAUGCCCCUGUCCCCGGCAGGUCAGCCUGAGAACAUGGACUCCCAGCAGCUAGUGUCCUUGGUGCAGAAGGCUGUGACGGCCAUCAUGACCAGGCUCCACAACCUGGCCCAGUUCGAGGGAGGGGAGUCAAAGGUCAACACCCUGGUGGCUGCUGCCAACAGCCUGGACAACCUCUGUCGCAUGGACCCUGCCUGGCACCCCUGGCUAUAA